AUGUUCAAGUCCCGCCCCCCGCUGCCCGACUUCAGCGCGCCGCUCCGCGAGCCGAGUUUCUACAAAUAUGGCGCCCUCGCCUCCCUCGCGCUCGCGGGCGAUGUGACCGCGCUCGCGCAAGACCCGGUGCUCUCCCUCAUGGCCCUGGGCACGGAUGCGGGCACAGUGGCCGUGUAUGGCCAGGAAGGGUUCCGGUUCACUAUUCCCGUGACUUUGGAGAGUCGGCGGAGUUCGAGUGGUGGAGUGCGAUACUCUGGCGGACACGAGAAUGGGCACAGUGGGACACACGGACAGGCCCAAGGACAGGCUCGGACUUCGUCCUCGCCGCCCUCGCCUGGCAUCAAGUUCCUCACGUUCCACCCGGGCUCCAAGCUCAUCGCGAUCGACGACCACAACACGCUGUACCAGUAUGACCUGGGAACCGUCACAGAGCCAGCACUGAGGGCCGAGGCGCCGCUGCCUGUGCGCGAGGCCGCGAGCAGUCUCGGCAACGUGACGGCCAUCGAGACGGGCGUCUCGCACUCCUUCGUGUUCCUCGGCAUGGCGGACGGCACGUUACGCGCCUGGGACACGAAACUGGCCCGGCUGGCCGAGUGGCGCGUGCCGAAUCUCUGGGAGGGGCACGAGGAGAGGUUACGCCGCAGCGGCGUCGAUCGACCAAAGGCAAAGUCGUCGAUCGUCGCCCUCGCACAGAACCCGAGGGACCUCAAUGUGCUGUUGGUCGGGUACACGGGCGGCGUGGCCGCGUACGACGCGUACGACAUUCGCGCAGGCGCGGGGGUCAAGUUCUUCGAGGCUGUUCACGCCCCAGGGUCGCCGGGCGGGGGGAGCUACGCCAACGCAGAGCGGUUGUGGACUGAGCGUUCUCCGCCCGUGACGACGCUGGCGUGGCGCGACGACGGCCUCGUGUUCUGCGCCGGCCACGCAGACGGGUGUCUCUCUUUCUGGGCGUAUGCGGACGAGAAGCCCCUCACUGUGCGCACACUGACGCACGAGGACGUGCACAUUGCAGACGCCGAAGCGCUCGUCGCCGCCGGCGCGCUUAGGGAUCAGCUCGCGGCCAAGGCGGCCGGCGACUUUGAACAUGCCGCCGUGACGCCCGCCGCUGUGGCAGACCGCGAGCCGGUAUACAAACUGCAGUGGGCCAGCUUUACGCCCGGAACGGAGGAGUUUGGACAGCAGUUCGCGAGCCGCGGUGAGAGCCUCUUACUCGUCCUGGGCGGCCAGGCGAGUGGCGAGAAGCCGGGCAUCAGCGUCCUCCAACUGCCUGCGUAUCAGGCGCCCGUGGUCCCGAAGGGGGCGAAGAAGAGCCUGCAAGGCGAGGGUCUCUCGCGCGCCGAGCGCGCCGCGUUCCGCGCCAGCGUCAAUCCCACCGGCCUCUCGGCCUAUCGCUCACGCACGCCGCCAGAAGACUUUCUCCUCCUCCCCUCCUCGCCCUUCUACGGGCAGGCGCAGGACGCCUCGGCCCUCGUCGUGCUCUUGACUCCGGACCCAAGCCUGCCUGCUCUCGGCAGAGAGCUGGAGGCGUACGCUUUCCCACCGCUGCGGAGCGAGGUGGAACCCCCCAUCCUCGGACGCAAAGACUUUGCCCUCCCCGGCGAGGGCGACGUGAUGGCCCAGAACACCCAGAGCACGCGGAAGAGGCGCGAUAGCAUCCGCCGCUUCCCGUGGAGCGCGCCCGACCGCGCGAGCGUGCUCUCCUCGCGCUCAGUGCGGAGGGCGCGGGACGGCGCGCUGGCCGUGCCGAGCGGGAUCUGGGCCGGCGUGCGGGCGACGCUGGGCGCGAAGCUCGUCUCGGUCCCCGACGCGCAGUUCGCCCGCCUCCUCGCCGGCAGUAUGGACGGCACGCGCCUCCCCCUCCGUGGCGGCCUGGCCGUCCCCGACCUCCGCAGCUCCGGCGCCACAGACCCAAAACAGCACGACGGGUUCCGCAUCCUCGUGUCGUGGCAUGCGGACGCGUGCGUGCGCUUCCACGACGUCUCGGCGCAGUUGCUCCUCCAGGUGCCCCUCGCGUUUGAGUUUCCCAAUCCCCUCGCACACCUGACUAUUGACGUUGCGAGGGUUCUGCGCGAGACGCACGGCGACGAGGGGCAGCGUGAUGUCGUGGCAUGCGGACGCGUGCCCCUCGCGUUUGAGUUUCCCAAUCCCCUCGCACACCUGACUAUUGACGUUGCGAGGGUUCUGCGCGAGACGCACGGCGACGGGCCGAAACCUGUCGUUGUGGAUGCGGUGCUCGCGCCGGAGAGUCUGGAGUGUGCCAUCGCCCUGGCGUCCGGGCAGGUGCUUGUGGCCAAGUUUGGCGAGGCGGAGACGAGGCACAGCAGCGAGAGUCCCUCCGCGUCGCCCAUCGUUGAGGAGCCGGCUUCCAUCGACGAGAAGGAGGCCGCGGUCGAGAAGGUUACGCUCGAGAAGCCGCACGAGAACGGAGCCGAGGAGCCCAAGAACGUUGACGCCGUUGCCGAUCAGCUCGACGACGCGGACCUGAACGACGAGCUGGAGGACGUCUCGCUCGAAGAGGACGAGGACGAGGCUCCAGCGCUGUACCGCGGGUGGGACGGGCGGGUGGACGAGAGGUCUCCUUCGCCUGAACCGACCCCCGAGCCGCCCGCGACGCAGGUUGUGUCCCUCUCCCACCUUGCGCGCUGGGACGUGGACGGGUUCAAGCCCGUUGCGCUCUUCGAGCUCUCCGGCCGCGUCUCCGCCCUCUCGCUCAGCGACAUCGGCUUUCUUGCCGUCGGGUACGGCCCGCAGCUCGUGGUCAUCGACAUGCGCGGCCCGCGCGUGAUGCACGUCGAGGUGCUCGAGCGCCCCGUGUGUGUGCUGCAGUGGGCAGUCUGCGGCGUCGGGCACGACAGCACGCCAAAGCCGCGCCUCUUUGCCGUAUGCGAUGGCGCCUCGCGCGUCUACCCGCUCGUGAACCAGAAGGGAUGGACUGUCUCCAAGCCAGCAACGUUUACGUCGCUCGAGGCGCCGGUCGCGUCUUUCGUGCUCGAUCCUGAGACUGGGGAGGAACUGACGGCGUCGCCGGCCGCGUUCGCCGCCUCGAUGCAGGCCGAGCACCACCGCAUGUCGCUCAAGUCCAAGACGCACUGCAUCUACCUCGCCGUUUCGCGCACGACAGCGCGCGCCAGCGCCAACGUGACGGGCGACCGGCUGGCCAAGGCCAGUCUGACGAACUGCACGGCCGCAGCCUACCUGUCUCGGAACGGAGGGCGGGUCCUCGCCGCCAUUGUGCCCGGGUUCGCCGAGUUUCUCUCCGUCCCCAAGCUCGAGGCGAUAACGCGGCAGCCGCUCGGUAUAGGCGAGCCCAGCGGUACGCUCUCGUUUGAGUCCUCGGGCGACUUCCUCGAGUACACCUCCCCCCGGGACGUUCAGCUCAAGACGCUGUUCAACUUCCGCAAACCGCUCCCGCCGCGCAUCGACCCAACCUUCCACCGCGAGGACUACGGCGCGCAGCCCCAGCCCCUCAACGCGGGCGUGUUCAGCUGGAUGUGGGCCAACGCACCCCUCACUGGUGCCCAGCUCGACGCAAUCGUCGGCGGAGCGGACCGCGUCGUGCCCAAGCCCCCAUCUGCUAAACCGUCGAUCAUGAGCUGGGCCCAACCUGCCGCCCCAGUACCGAAACGCGACUCCCGCCGUGUCUCUGGCGCAUCUGGGACCUCUGGGACAGCCCAGGAGGAGGCCGGGGGCAUGAAUGUCGGAGGGAUCUAUGCCGAGCUGCAGCAAAAGUUCAGGCAGAGAGAGGAGGUCAUGAACCGCCUCGAGGAGAGCGCGGAGCAGCUCGCCAGCUCGGCCAGUGGGUUUGUGGAGGCGGCGCGCAAGGCGGCGAUGGCUGAGGCGGGCAAGAGCUCCGUGCGGGGAUUCUUCAAGUUCUAA